GUGUUGAAUACAUAUGAUUUGACACUGUUCUUGGUGGUUUCAUCAACUUCUCUUUUUUUCUUUGGUAAAUCAUUAAAAAAGAAACUGUCUCUCUUUUUAUUUGUUUCCACUUUAUCAGAUCAACAGAAACAUCUUUGCAUAACCAAAGACAAAGUCUCUUCUCAACUGUGAAGAUGAUCAAAACAAUCUCAUCUCUGCGCAACAGUCUGGUGUUACCUCUCCAUGUACAUAUUCGUACGUUGCAAUCUUUUUCCAAGUACAACGUACAAGCUGCCUCAGCGUUGCAAGAGGAGCGUAAGAAACCUACUCAUCAAGAUGAUGAUGAGUAUGCGGAUAUGGAUUGGGACAAUCUAGGGUUUGGUUUAACUCCAGCGGAUUACAUGUACGUCAUGAAAUGCUCAAAAGAUGGCGAGUUCACUAAAGGUGAACUUAGUCGCUUUGGUAAUAUUCAGCUAAGUCCUUCUGCUGGAGUCUUAAACUAUGGACAGGGGGUAUAUGAAGGUACAAAAGCACAAAGGAAAGAAAACGGAAAGCUUCUUCUGUUUCGACCUGAUCAAAACGCUGUCCGAAUGCAGAUUGGAGCUGAACGGAUGCUCAUGCCUUCUCCUUCUGUUGAUCAGUUUGUUGAUGCUGUUAAGCAGAUAGCAUCUGCCAACAAACGUUGGGUUCCUCCUCCAGGGAAAGGGUCUUUGUACAUUAGGCCUCUGUUGAUGGGAAGUGGUCCAAUUCUUGGUUUAGCACCUGCACCUGAAUAUACAUUCAUUGUCUAUGCAUCUCCUGUUGGUAACUACUUCAAGGAAGGUGUCGCUGAUCUUAACCUCUAUGUCGAGGAAGAGUAUGUCCGUGCAGCUCCUGGUGGAGCUGGAGGCGUCAAGAGCAUCACAAACUACGCCCCGGUUUUGAAAGCACUAAGAAGAGCCAAGAGUCGUGGGUUUUCAGACAUUCUUUACCUUGACGCUGUCAAGAAGAAGUAUCUUGAGGAGGCUUCUUCUUGCAACGUCUUUGUUGUAAAGGGUCGGACAAUCUCAACUCCUGCCACUAGUGGAACAAUCCUAGAGGGGAUUACUCGGAAAAGUGUGAUGGAGAUCGCAAGUGAUCAAGGUUAUCAGGUAGUAGAGAAGGCAGUUCAUGUGGAUGAAGUGAUGAAUGCAGAUGAAGUUUUCUGCACCGGAACUGCUGUAGGAGUUGCUCCUGUGGGCACUAUAACAUAUCAGGACAAAAGAGUAGGGUAUGAAACUGGGGAUGAAUCUGUCUGCCAGAAACUGCGUUCGGUUCUUGUAGGUCUUCAGACAGGAACCAUUGAAGAUACCAAGGGAUGGAUUACAUGCAUCAACUGAGAAACCAGUACUUAUCAAACCUUAUACCACAGAGAGAUUCACUCUGCAUUUUAUCAAAGCUGUGUAUACACAAAAAUGAAGAAGUCUGUGUAAAUCUAUAAUAAAAUAAAAUAUAUUCUCAUA